UGCUGCUCUAUUUAAGCAGUGGUCAGACCAGCAGCGGAUAACCAUUGUGCAUCAAAGCUGCAUCCGAGCAGACAGCAGCACUGAGGGCCCAAACCAAUGCAACCACCGCAGCUGACUUCAUUUACACGCAAACACUGCAGGGCAGGAGAGCAUAAUGUCUUUAAUGAAGAGCCCAGCAUGCAUUUAGAGGUCGAGAGCCGUUCUGUAGGUCAAAGAUAAGAAUGUCAGUUAUUUAAAUGGGUAUGUUGAACUUUACAGCGAACACUAAAAUGCCAUCAUUGCAUUAGUAAACUACCUUUGCAUCCAUUUAUUGUGUCGCGCUGAAUACAAAUGUCAUGCAAAAUACAUUUUUAAUAAGCAGAAUCAGAAUAAGCGUAUGUGUGCAGAAUGUGUACAUUUUUAUUUGAGCACAAAUCAAACCAGUCUUAUCAUUUAGUGAGCUAUAUAGAAAUUUAUUGUAAGUUAUAUAGAAAUUCAUUGUAAAAUUAGAUCCGUUUUGAGACCGUUGAGAACAAUGAAAGCUGUAUGAUCUGGCACACUCUUCACACCUCGACAAGAAGACAGAAGUGAAAGAGUGGGGGAGAUCUCAUGAGACGACACUGACACAAGAGGAAGUUAUGACCGCUUAUGUGUUUAAAUAUGAACGAGUGUGACAGCGCUUAUGUUAUCUUAGUUUGAAUUUGUGUUGAUGAAGUGUGUUUAGAAAUGAAGCACUGCCGUCCUCUGAUCUGUGGGCUCAUUUUGUCCUGCAUUUGCUUCAAAGCCACAGACUCAUAUGAGGAGCUGUCUGUGAUUCAGAGUCCACCCAGCAUCACUGUGAAUGAGGGAGAUUCUGCUCUAAUCACCUGCUGCUGGAGUAAAAUCACACAGAAAGUUAAAGUUACUUGGCACAUCAAUGAAACCAAACUUUCAGAUGUAAAGCAGGAACUCUAUGAACGUGAAACACAGAACUGCUCAGUGCUCAACUUCACAAACAUACUUAAAAAUGCUACAGGUCAUUAUGUAUGUAAAGUGACUCAAGACAUACCCGUCCUGCUUCAGAAGGAAGGUUCUGGAACGGUUUUAUUUGUUAAAGACGAUCAACUAACAACAACUGGUAAGCUAUUAAAAAGACUAAAAGACUGCCAUUAUUAAUCAGGGGCCAGAUUAAUAUUGAUAUAGAUUAAGCUUUUUGAAUAAAUGGCCUCAGCUGCUGGAACAAAACCAGUCUGGAAGACUUCACCAAUGCUAAACUGAUCUGUUAAAUAAAACUUAUGUAGGGGAUUAUGUUUGCUCAGGACACAUCAUUCCUGCUGAAAUAUGAAGAAAUAAAAACAUAUGCAUUCAUUAUUCAACUGAUCACACAAAUUCCAGUCUAUAACACUACAGCUGGAGAUGGAAAAGAUGCAACAUAAUGCCAUAUAAGCAAUAUCAGACCAAAGAUGAAAAUUACCCCAUAUUUUACUCACCCUUAAGAUAUGACUUUCUUCUUUCAGACAAACACAGUUGGAGUUUUGAAAAAAUUAUUUUGGCUCUUCCAAGCUUGGUAAUGCUGGUGGUGUAACGCGUCGUGGUUGUAGAAAUCAGCCAUCAAUGAAGUAAUAAACAAGAGUUUUUUUAAUUCAAAUAUUACAGCAUUAACAUACGUUUUGCACUCAAUAUCAUCAAGGACCGACAAACAUAAACAAGCUGCACGUAAGCUCAAAAGAGAAUAGAUGAACGAGAAUAGAGCAAUACUAAAUGAAAAGUUAAAGGAUUUUACUGUAAGAACGAAUGCAUCAUAUAUGCAUCAUAAAAAUAUGGGGUAAUUUUAAUUUUUGGGUUUCAUUUCUUUAAGGACUGUUGCAUAAAGAGAUAAUGCAAUUCUUCCUUUUGUUUUACAGUCAUUAGUCACACACUUUUUAUCCCAUCGGUCAGUGAGUACUUGUCAUGACAUAACAUUGUCAUGAACCAUGUGGUGUCCGGUCACUCUCUGUUUUCUCUGUCUACUAAAACUAAUUAAGCAAUGCAUUUAUAAUAUUUUUAGUUGUAUAAUAGUUUCUUAAAUUAGCAGGCUAUUUGUCAAGUGUCAAAAUUAAUUAUUGUCAUUAAUACUUCUCAUUAAAGUAAAUCCGGAUGAACUUGAUAAUCCAAAGAGAAAUCCAGAAGAUGAGCAGCAUAAUUAUUUGGGCGCCAAAGCAGUUGAGCACGCCGUAGAGUUGGAAGAAGGACCAGUUGAAGGCCUGGAGGCUGGAGAAACGCGGGGGAAUGAAAGCGAAGAGGUGAAACAAUGUGAGAAUGUUUCAGGACGGGAGAAAGAAAAGGUCAACGCCGAGAAACCUGAAGUCACUGCUGCAACAGAAGAAGAAAAAAAUGAAGAAAAGCAGAGUGCCGUAGUUGUGAGAAUUGAACAAGAUGCAUCUCCAGACAAUGAAAACAAGAAUAGUUCUGUACUGAACACUGAUUAAAAGACACAUCUAAUGACUGACGUAGAAGAAGGGAUUGUUUCUGUGAUGGGUUACUCAGUUUCAGCUCCGUGAGGCACAGGAAAUAGGUCUGUGAUGUCAUUUCCUGCAUAAUUGUUUGCAGACUAAUAUUGGUUCGCACUGAAUUUCACUGAUGUCUGAAAUUAGAUUCAAUUAAAUCUUGUGCAUGCACGAAUCUUUCUGUCUGUGUGUUUUGUGGGAUUGUAACGUUCAGCGUGUCCGAGGCGAAUCGAGUGCGAGAGCAGGGCUGUGGUUUACUCUGGGCUUCGCUGUGAUAAAAUGAGCCGCAUGGGGAGGGGGUGAAAGUUUGAGAGACAGUCUCAAGCGUGUGAAAGGUUGCGUUGUGGGAGUUCAGAUUCUCUGCAGACGCUGAGACAUGAAGUGUUCCUCCAGACUCCUGUGUGGGAUCCUCAUGUCAUGCCUUUGUUUCCGAGCCACAGACUCAAAUGAGGAGCUGUCUGUGAUUCAGAGUCCACCCAGCAUCACUGUGAAUGAGGGAGAUUCUGCUCUAAUCAACUGCUGCUGGAGUAAAAUCACACAGAAACCUAAAAUUACUUGGUACAUCAAUGAAACCAAACUUUCAGAUGUAAAGCAGGAACUCUAUGAACCUGAAACACAGAACUGCUCAGUGCUCAACUUCACAAACAUACUUAAAAAUGCUACAGGUCAUUAUGUAUGUAAAGUGACUCAAGACAUACCCGUCCUGAAUGAGAAGAAAGGUUCUGGAACGGUUUUAUUUGUCAAUGACAGUAAAACAGAAACGACUGCUGAAGUUUCUAAUUCAACUCAAACUACCAAGACUACAUACCAUGCAACCCCAAGCUCAGAUCUCACCGUGCCUUUAUCUCUGGCCGCUGCCAUCGGCCUGCUGACCCUUUGCUUGGCCUUCAGCGUGUGCAAGAUGAGGAACUCCUGUAAAAUAUCAGAGCGAAUGGUCAUUCACCAGACGCCACACAGUGAGGGUGAGGAGCAUGAGAACAUGGAAGUAGAGGAAGGCAGCACAGGUUCCUCUCGAGGAUCCCUUCAAUGGUAUCAAGUGCCUGUUUACUGGUCUUACUUUGAUCUACAGAGGGGAGAAGACCAAUGACAACCAGCAAAGAAGGACGAACGUGACGUACUGUUCACUGAAUCGCAUUUCGCAUUCUUUCUUUUCUUUCACGAGACCAUCUUUGUAAAUAGCAGAAGCCAUUUCAGUCUUCAGACACAGUUUAAACCCUUUGAGCUCUCGAUGGCGGUGUAAGAUGUUAAUCUCUCUGUUGAUAGUUUUAUUCUUAUUUUUAGACGUUUUGUAAAUUAAAGUGAACACGUGUGACUCUGACAUGCAUGGUAAGCUACUUGGGUUUCAUGCCCGGACAGAUGCAUUUCAAACGUGCAUAAAAAUAGCACACACUGCCUGCCCCGAAGUUUUCUUUGUUUCUAACUGUGAAAAGUUUUAUAGUAAAGACUUUUAUGCUGUACAGACGUCGGCUAUGCCUUUCAGCCUUCUCAGAAAUGUUCCUCAGACUUCAUUCUGACACUUUCAUACUUUUCAUUUACAAUAAAAGCCUGAAAACCA